AUGGCUGAAACCUUCGCAUUUAACAUUGUAGAAAAUGACAUCGAAAAACUAAGCAGUUUUUCCUAUGAAGAACUUCGCCUAGCUUGGGGUGUCCAAAGUGGCCUUCAAAAGCUUAGUAAAACGUUGAACAUUGUCAAAGCUGUGCUCUUAGAUGCUGAAGAAAAACAGGCUCUAAACAAUCAGCUGCGCGUUUGGCUACAAGAGUUGAAGGAUGCCUGUUAUGAUGCAGAAGAUGUGUUAGAUGAAUUUGAAGUCGAAGCAUUGUGGAGGCAAGCUCUGAAACAGAGGAGCCUGGGAGACAAGGUAAGCAAUUUCUUUUCAAGCUCAAAUCCACUUGCUUUUCGGUUUAGGAUGGCCCAUAAGAUUAAAAAAGUUACAGAGAGAUUUGGUGAGAUUGCUGCUUUAAAAAACAAUUUUCAUCUCAGUGAAAGCCAUGAUGGCUCUAGGUAUGUCGUGCGCUUGGACAGGGAGACCCACUCCUUUGUACAAGCAUCAGAUAUUAUUGGUAGAGAUGAAGACAAGGAAAAAAUCAUAAAAACUUUGCUGCAAGAUCCAACUGAUGGUGAAGACAUAUCUGUCCUUCCUAUAGUUGGAAUUGGAGGUCUUGGAAAGACUGCCCUUGCAAAAUUGGUGUUCAACGAUCAGUGUGUAGAUAGGCAUUUUGAGUUGAAGAUGUGGAUGUGUGUUUCAGAUGAUUUUGAUUUGAGGCAAUUAAUGAUAAAAUUCAUUAAAGCUGAAAAGGGGGUACUUAACGGAGAUUGUAGUAACAUGGAUUUAAAACAAUUACAAAAAAUCUUACGAGAUUGUUUUGAUGAGAAAAAGUAUUUACUCGUUUUGGAUGAUUUAUGGAACGAGGAUCAUAUCAAAUGGGAUGAACUUAAACAGUUGUUAGUGGGAGGAGGUUGGGGAAGCAAAAUUAUAGUCACCACUCGUAGUAACCAAGUUGCAGAGAUCAUGGGUACAAUCCCAACAUACAAAUUGCAAGGUCUUCCUGAAAAGGAAUCUUUGUGUUUAUUUCUCCAAUUUGCUUUCAAGAAAAGGGAUGUGAAACAAUAUCCAAAUCUAGGAAAAAUUGGGGAAGAAAUAGCCAAAAAAGGCAAGGCAGUUCCUUUGGUUUUGAAAAUACUUGGGAGCUUACUUCUCUCCAAACCUUCGGAACAUGAUUGGAAACUUGUGAGAGAUAGUGAGAUGUGGAAAUUAGUGCAAAAGGAAAACAACAUUUUUCCUGUUUUGAAAUUGAGUUAUGAUCAAUUGCAUUCAUAUUUGAAACAGUGUUUUGCUUAUUUUUCGAUUUUUCUAAAGGAUUAUGAAUUUUAUGACGGGGAGUUGAUCCAAUUUUGGAUAGCUCAUGGUUUGCUUCAAUCCUCCAAUGAAAAUGAAGAACCAGAAGACAUUGUGACAGAGAAGGAGUGGUCUAUGUCAAACUCUUUCAAGCAAAAUAUUACUCAAAGGGUUCGACAUGUGUGCCCUGACAACUCGAAUUUUCACGAGGAAAGCCCUUCUAAAGCCUUUGAUUUUGAUAAAUUACGUCACAUGCUUACAUUUCGAUUCCAAAUAUGA